GUUCGUGUAGUUCUUGACGACAAACCGUUGACAAAGAAACGUUUAAGGUUAAGUAGAAACUAUUAUAUCGUAGACUCUACGCAAGGUAAUGGAUAUCUUAUAAAAGCUGCUGACGACUCUAUUGCGUUUUACCCUCGUCACAAAUUAGUCGAAAGUAGUAAUGGCAAACUUGCUGAAACCAUUGACGAAGCAAAGCGAGGAGUGGUUAUUGAAAUACUUGGCUAUAACAUAAACGAUGACACUUAUAAAGUAAGAUAUGAAGGAGGCGUUGAAGAUGUUAUACCAUCUAAGAACUUGAGAGAGUCAAAGCCAACACAUCUGGGACCAUUAGAGCGGGAGUACUGGAAAGACAAAAAUAUGCCAGAAAGAAUAAGAAAAUUCUUCUAA